GCCCACUCCGUGCCGCCAGGGGGCGCUGUUCCCCGCCCGGAAGUGCCGUCAGCGCCGGGCGGAAGCGGGCGCGCGGCGCUGCCUGUGUUGGGGGGGCCGGCGGCAGCCGCCGCCAUGGCGUUCUCCGAGAGCCAGCUGAAGAAAAUGCUCGCCAAGUAUAAGUAUAGAGACCUAACUAUACAGGAGACAAACAGUGUCAUUUCUCAGUACAAGGACCUCAAACCUGUCAUGGAUUCAUACGUUUUUAACGACGGUUCAUCUAGAGAGUUGAUGAGCCUCAGUGGAACCAUUCCUGUGCCUUACAGAGGUAACAUAUACAAUAUCCCCAUUUGCUUGUGGCUGCUGGACACCUACCCUUUCAAUCCCCCGAUCUGUUUUGUUAAACCCACUAGCUCAAUGACAAUAAAAACUGGGAAGCACGUUGAUGCUAACGGCAAGAUAUACCUUCCUUACCUGCAUGAGUGGAAAUACCCCCAGUCAGACCUGCUGGAACUGAUUCAAGUUAUGAUUGUGGUGUUUGCUGAGGAACCUCCAGUCUUUUCUCGGCCCACUGUUUCAGCCAGCUACCCGCCGUACCAGGCAACUGGCCCACCAACCACUUCCUAUGUGCCUGGCAUGCCAGGAAUAUCUCCCUAUCCAGCAGGAAGCACUGCAAACCCAAGCAGCUUCCCGAGCUAUCCUUACCCAGCUGGUGUUCCAUUCCCACCUACCACUAAUGUUCCGUACUAUCCUUCUCAGCCUCCUGUGACUACUGUUGGACCCAGUAGAGAUGGAACUAUCAGUGAAGACACCAUUCGAGCUUCCCUUAUUUCAGCAGUCAGUGAUAAACUGAGAUGGCGGAUGAAAGAAGAAAUGGAUCGUGCACAAGCUGAACUCAAUGCCUUGAAGCGGACAGAAGAGGACCUGAAGAAAGGACACCAGAAACUGGAAGAGAUGGUAACUCGCCUGGAUCAAGAAGUGGCUGAAGUUGACAAGAACAUCGAACUUCUCAAAAAGAAGGACGAGGAGCUCAGUUCUGCCUUAGAGAAAAUGGAAAGUCAAUCAGAAAAUAAUGACAUAGAUGAAGUUAUCAUUCCUACAGCACCACUUUACAAGCAGAUCCUGAACUUAUACGCAGAGGAAAAUGCAAUUGAAGACACCAUCUUUUAUCUUGGGGAAGCACUGAGGCGUGGAGUGAUAGAUCUAGAUGUCUUUUUAAAGCAUGUACGUCUUCUGUCUCGCAAGCAGUUCCAGCUGAGAGCAUUAAUGCAGAAAGCAAGGAAGACUGCUGGACUCAGUGAUCUCUACUAAACUCUCAGACUUUAACUGGGAAGUUAGAUAUCCUUGUGAAGCAGCCAUUUUCUUGAUCUUUCUCUUAAUCAGUAGGUGCCCAGAAUAAGUUAUUGCAUCAUUCAACUGUAAAAUAUUUUGAAUCAAUAAUAUAUUUUCUUUUUGGUAAAUACUAGCUUUUAUUAAUGCACUUUCUAUUUCCUGUAAUCUUUGUGCUGGUGGACUUAAGCUGAAUAAAACUUGUUGCAUAUUUUCUUCCUCUAUA